AUGAAAUGGGAAGCUGUGCUGAACACUAAUAUCCCCCAAGUCAGCACCUUUGUGCAUGGGCUGAGUGCCCUGGCCAUAACGUUAUACAAUGUGUCCUGCUGUGGCACAGCCCUUGAAGAAGGGCUCGUUACUGCAGCACUGUUUGCCAGAUGGAAUUGCAAGAGCAAACACCCACCUGUUUCUUCCAGGGCACCACCAAGAGGCCAAGAGCGUGAUUGUCCGAGCGGUUUGUUUUUGGCUCAGCUUCAUGGCAAAAGGGAUAAAGGAAGGAGGGGUGGAGAGGGUACACAAAAAGAAGCUCUUCCUCUGGACUCAAUGGAACAUGCACAGCAUUUGCCAGCAGCUGGGGAUGAAACUAAGGGGCAGUUGCCAGCACUGGAAAAUGUCUCUCAGCACACAUUGAUUGCAGCAUUAAAGGCAAAUAUUAGGAUGAGUGAACAAGGAUUGGGUCUCAUAAUCAUACAGAAUGGACCAUAUCUCCAGAUAACAAGCCUUGUUGAGAAGAGCUCUGCAGCUAACGACGGAAAGCUAAAACCAGGUGAUGUUCUAAUAAAAAUUGGACAUGCUAAUGUUUUAGGAUGGACUCUGCAAGACCUUAGUCAACUCCUACACAGUAUUCCAAUAGGAAAUACUCUACAAAUCAGAGUUUACAGAGAUUUUCUUGAAAUACCUCAACACUGGCAAAGUGCACUUGAAUUAAUUCCUGAAGUAAAGUUUCCUGAGAUGGCAGCAGACACAGGUGAAGAUGAGGAUGAAGAAGACACCAGGUCCAGUAGCGAUGAUGAUGUAGACCUGGAAACUGCAGUAUCUAAUACAGGCCAGACACUUAGAGAAGCCACAAGCACUGGCUGUGAUGCUGUACUUCCUAAUGACAUUGAUGCAUUGUGCAAUCCUAAGUUUGAUGCUAGUGGUGUUAGAGCUCCUUCCAACUGGGCUAGCAAAGACAAUGAGACUAGUUGCUCUUCCUCCUGCUCUUCUGUAUCAGAUACAUCCUAUCUGGAAGAAUUUGUUUCAGAAUAG